CUGAACAUUAAGAAAACGCGGACCACGGCCUAUCACCCACAAGGGAAUGGCCAAGUUGAGCGAACCAACCACACCCUUAUCAACCUUUUAAAAGCCUUUAUCGAACGUCACCCACCGACCACUUGGGAUGAAGUCCUACCGGCUUGUUUACUGGCCUACCGAUUCACGGUAAACGCCACCACUCACUACACGCCAUUUUUUCUCACCUGCGGACAGGAAAUGCAGCUCCCGGAGGAUUUAGUCCUUCCGUCGUCCGCAAAAGUCAAACAUGUCGAUACCUAUGCAUCCCGGGUCCGGAAAACCCUGAGAAUUGCGUCUGAAGAGGCACGUUUGCAUCUGCAAGAAGGACAGUGGCAUCAGAAAGCGUUUUACGACCGCCUAGCCCAUGGGACACCUUAUAAGGAGAGAGAUGUUGUAUGGGUGCCGGCCAAAUUUAACCCCGUCUGGGUUGGCCCGUAUGACGUCACUCGGGUGUUGUCUGAUACAACAUGUCUCAUCCGUCCCCACGACCGGCCGCAUGCCGCACCUUUCACGGAUCACUUUAACCGGCUGAAGCCAGCCCCCCCAAUUUAUGGCAUCCCCUGCCCGCCAUACGACGCUGGUAGCCCUCCCGUCGAGGACUACCUUGCGGUACCUUCUGGAGGCGGCAGUGCGAUACCCGAGGUAUACGACGACAGGCAACCAGUGGAGAAAGAGGUCGAAGUCCCCGUCGAUGGUGGACCCCUUGUUGAUUUGGAUAAUGCCGCUGAGGACAGCGUGCCUUUCGAAGGGGGAGCAAUGUUAAAGCACGUGGGAUAG